AUGUCUUCAGUAUGUUUCGGAACAAAGAAACAAAAAUUGAACAAUUCGUACAGUAACCACGUUGAUCGACCUAUUAAUGGUUACCAAGAGUCAGUUGCAAUACCUGAUAUGUGCUACUUUUGUUUCGAUGUCUUGUACUCUCAGCUGCACAGUAUGGACCCCCCACAAACACCUAAUUUCACUAAUGAAGCAUAUCCCCUUUUUGUUACAUGGAAGAUUGGCAAAGAGCAUCGUCUUCGUGGGUGUAUUGGAACCUUUAAUGCUAUGCAUUUGCAUUCAGGUCUUCGCGAGUACGCGAUAACGAGUGCGUUAAAAGACUCCCGGUUCACACCGAUCACUCGUGAGGAGGUGCCUCGCUUAACCGUAUCUGUGUCCAUUUUGCAACAUUUUGAAGAAGCUGAGCAUUAUUUAGACUGGAAGUUGGGUAAACAUGGUAUACGCAUCGAGUUCAUAAGUGAAAGGGGAUCUAAACGCACUGCCACCUAUUUACCUCAAGUCGCUACUGAACAAGGUUGGGACCAAAUACAAACUAUCGAUUCGCUCCUCCGAAAGGGCGGUUAUAAAGCAACCAUCACGGCGGACAUGAGACGUAGCAUCAAACUAACUCGCUACCAAUCAGAGGAGGUGUCCGCAUCAUACAACGACUACAUCAACCAACGAUGC